GAAUUGGAUGAUCUUAUAAUGAAGAUAAGAACGGAAGGAACUAUCUUGUAAUCAGUUCAUCAGGGAAUAUUAGAAAGUGAAGAUGUUGAGAAUUUUGGUCUGUCUCGGUGCUGUGUCUGUGGUAUCUGCUUUACUUCCCUUUAAAUUAACGGAUUGUAGCAAAAGUUCUAACAAACUUGUAAACAUUAGCAACAUACACAUCAGCAAUAUAGACCCAAUUCAUAUACCUGGCAAUGAAACAGUGUCAGUAGACGUUGAGCUGUUUAAACCUAUCGACGGCCGUCAUUUACGAGCGGAACUUACUAUCGUGAAAAAGGCAUUCUUGGGAUAUAUUGUUAUUCCAUGCUUUGAAGAUCCUAGUAAAUCAGUCUGUUCAUGGGAGUUGUGCGAUAUCUUAAGCGGCCGCCACUACAACAAUGUCCACCAUUGUCCAAUGGAAGUAGUGGCCAGCUCACCAGAUAUAAACUGCGCAUGCCCUUUCACUCCUGGAACAUAUCAUGUCAAUCCGACACAUUUUGUAAUUGAUGGAUUACCUCAGGCUGUCAAAUUCCUUGCGCAGGGUGAUUACAAGGCACAUAUUACAAUCACGGACACGGACACCAACGAACAGGUCGUCUGCUAUGAUUUACAACUAUCAACGGGAACAGACUGUGUAGGACCACUAUGCGUCUUUGGAAAGAAAUAAAUAAA